CGACUUCCAAGGACAAGUUAAAAGUAAAAAUGGAUUUGCAAAAGUUACAACGUAUGCAAAAUGCUUCACGUGCUGGUGGUAAGAACGCACCACGUCGUAAGCAAGUUCGUAAGCCAAGAUCAGAAGCCGACGACCAAAAGAUUCAAGCUGCAUUGAAGAAGAUCAACGUACAACACGUUCAAGGUAUCGAUGAAGUAAACAUGUUCAAGGAAGACGGCAAUGUCAUUCACUUCCCAAAGCCAAUCGUUCACUCUGCUGCACCAGCUAACACUACCGCUAUCUACGGUAGAGCACAAGAGAAGGAACUCACUGAACUCGUUCCAGGUAUCUUACCACAACUCGGCGCAGACUCAUUAGCAAAUUUGAGAAGACUCGCUGAACAGUACCAACAAAUGACACAACAACAACAACAAGCUGCUCUCAACAAGGCUAAGGAACAAGACAACGGUGAUGAUGAUGUCCCAGAUCUCGUUGAAAACUUUGAAGAUUCAACCAACGCAGAAUCAAAACAAGUUGAUUAAAUAUAGUUUAAAAUAUAAGAGAGAAUU